CUUAUUUUAUUUUUUAAUUUUUGCUCAUUAUGGGCUGUUUUGCAUUAGAAUGAAGUGUCUUUUUUGUCUUGAAUGCUUAUUUAGAAGCAAAAGUUAAAAUAAGGUACAUAUUGUUGAGUUGAAUCUUUUAUCAUGUGCUCUUUUUGUAUGGCUAUCAAUUCAUAGGUGAUUUUUCAUGUUGUGAGCAAGUAUUAAUUUGCUUGAUUGCCAACUGUUUUCAACUAGCUGAUAGCUGAUUCUGAGGUACUAAAUUACUGGUACAGCUAGAGAUGAAAUUUGUUGUGCUUUUAAUUUGUCUUUUUAGUGUUGUCAUUGCUAGGCCUUCUGUGUGGAAGUCUAUCCCUGUUGACGAUCCAACUGUUAAUUUGUUGACUGAAAAGGGAAUUGAACAUCGCAAUAAAAAUGACAACAGCAUUUACUACGAGAAACUUAUUGCCAUCAAAAAAGCUCAAACUCAAGCUUUGGCUCCAGCUAAAUAUAAAAUUGAGUUCUUGAUUGGUCCAACCGAGUGUCUUAAAACUGACCCCAACUCUGCCUCAUGUCAAAUCUCUACUAACAAAGCUUCUGAAACAUGCAUUUUUGUUUUCUUGAUCAGACGUGGAUCUAAUGAUAUUCAUAUAACUCGAGAUUUUUGUAGCCCGGCAUGAAGUUGCUUGCAGUUGUGUUUCCCUUGCAAAAUCCUUCAACUUUGUUAUCUCAAAUGGACAUUCUUAUGUGCAUCCACAAUAAAAGGGAAAAAAUACUCUUGAACAAUGCUGAUUAUUUCAUUAUAAAAUAUCUGUUAAACAUCAUUGUUUUUCAUUAACAUACAGUUUCUUAUCAAUGAUUUAUCGUUCCACAAGAAUUUCUUACGGUUUGAAAACUAAAUGAUACGUACUAGAACCUUUAUUUGACGAUUUGUAAGAUUAAUAAUAAAUUUUUCUUUCUUCUUGUUAA